AUGACGACGCCCUUAACUCAUCCGGCUUAUUCGAACAAUUGCCGUGACCGGACUUUUGCCGUCGCAAAAACUAGAAGCGCCAAUGAUAGGGCUGUUAUCGAGAAUCCCCUCGCCCAUCUCACGGACGCCGAGUUGGAAUUGGAUGUCCGAAACUUUGCAGAGACUUUUCUUCCUUCCGUGAGGUACCAAGAGUUGCUGCGGGCCGCCAGGGUCGGAAAGGACAUUCAGAUAUAUGACGAGGCGGCUCGACAACCUGCCGGCUACGACGAGCGAAAUAGACUUGCGGUGAUAUUGACAGAAGAAGAGAAGAUAGCCCUCAGAAUUGAAAAAGAUGUUGCGUUCAGCGAGAAAGGAAUGUUCGCCGUUAUCGCCACGGUUUCACUGGCAGCAUUUCUGCAAGGUUUUGUACAGUCGUCAGUCAACGGGGCUUCAUUAUAUAUGGAUCAAUGGGGUCUGAAUCUGAGCAACGACACCUCACACCAUAUUACCCCCGACGACUGGAAGCUUGGUGGUGCAAACGCCUCGCCAUUCCUCUUUGCUGCGUUGGUUGGAUGCCCGCUUUCUCUGCCAAUCAACUACUGGUUCGGAAGAAAAGGAGGUAUUAGUGUUGCGGCAAUCUUGAUUUUUGCUAGCUCUAUCGGAGCUAUCUUCGUUACUUCUUGGACUCAAAUGUUCGGUGUUCGUGUCAUAAAUGGCAUUGGUAUGGGCAUCAAAGCAGUUAGCACCCCCAUUCUGGCCAGUGAAACUGCAGUCGGAUUUUGGCGUGGUUCUGCAAUUCUCGCCUGGCAGCUCUGGGUUGCUUUCGGCAUCAUGAUGAGCUUUAUGUUCAACUUGAUCUUCACGCAAGCGGCGAAUCCGACUACCACCUUUCGUCUCAUCCAAGGCGCUCCUUUGGUUCCCGCAUUCGCUCUUUUGAUAAUGGCACUGUUUGUUUGUCCGGAGUCGCCUCGCUACCACUUGCUGAAGGGCCCUAACUAUAGUGUUGAGAAAGCAUACACGGUGUUGAAGCGAGUCCGGAACACCAAGUUGCAAGCACUGAGGGACCUGUAUCUUGUCUCCAAAUCAAUUGAACAAGAGAACAUGGACUUUGGCGACCUCGAUCCUCAAGCAAUGAUGUCGCCUGGCUUCUCGUGGGUUAUUCGUGAUUUCGCAAGACAAUUUGUCCAGCUGUUCCAACGUCGCCGCUUGUACAAUGCCGUCAUCUCGACAUCGACGGUUAAUCUUGCACAGCAGCUUUGUGGAGGAAUUGUCUUCCGACAAGCAGGCAGAUCACAAAGCAACGCCAUUACAAACAUGGCGUACAGUCUCGGGUUUGCGGUAAAGAGCAUUGACACAUUGGGUCGAAGGAGAUGGUUGCUGCUGACAUUCCCCUUCAUGGCGGUGUUUAUGCUAGGGGCCGGGCUCUCUGAAAAUGUCCAAGAUGAUGCAACUCGCAAUGGAGUGACGGCCUGCUUUCUGUUCCUCUUUGCAGUAGCAUACUCACCCGGCCUCGGGCCAAUUCCUUUCACCCUAGCCUCUGAGAGUUUCCCUUUGACACAUCGAGAAGCAGGCACGGCGUGGGCAAUUUCCAUCAACCUAUUGUUUGCCGGGUUAUUGGCCGUCUUCUUCCCGGGCAUUGACUCUGCUCUUGGCCAAAAGGGGUCCAUGGGGAUCUUCGCUGGGCUAAACAUUGUAGCCUAUGUCAUGGUUUUCCUGUUUGUGGAGGAGACCAAACAACGCAGUCUGGAAGAGCUGGACCACAUCUUUGCUGUCUCGAAGCGAGAGUUUAUGCACUUCAAAGUCACGAGAUACCUACCCUGGGUAGUCGGAAAAUAUGUUUUUCGCCUCAAUUGGGAUGAGCCAAAGCUGUACAGAGACAUGGUUUGGGGCUCUCGAGCGGUCGACCUGAAGAAAACACGCAUUGAACCCUUGGAUGAAGCCUGGGUUGAGUUGCAGCCAAGACGUCCAACUGUCUUCCAAACCCCCAGAUUUUCCGAUACAACUAGGCCGGACAUGGCUGAAAUGGAAGAAAUAUACCCCCCUGGGGUAGCUGUGCCUUAUGCGAGGGAAUACCACGACGGCCAGACUCCUCGCCAGGGGAGCAGGCCCAAUGACUCUAGAUUCCAGUGA